GAUCUAUWAGAACUUAUUGCAAGGACUGCGAAAGUCCAAGGAUUAAAAAAAUAAUAAUAAUUUGGACUUUGAAAAAAAUUUCGAAUUACUGUGCAGAGGASUGUCCUAGAUUUGAGUACUCUGAGCUCGUGGUCAAAUGCAGAUAACAGGUUAACUACCUACCUCGUGACUGGACAGGAUUUCAAAGUCCUCGUAACUAGCGGACUACGUCAGAACUAACUCCCAUCGAAAUCCAGACCGAUAUUGGACGGAGGCCUGAGUGACUUCUCAAUCUCAUUAAUAAUUCAGUAGAGAUCAUAUUGUGCUAAAUGCARCAACGAUCUGGGAAACAAAUCUCAUAUGUCCGGCCGGGGAAUCAUGUGCUUGAUUCGAUUUUUCAAAGUCCAAGCGGUUUGAAAAAUACAUAAUUAUUAGAAACUCGAAAAAAAAUCAAAAUACUUUACAUAGGACCUCSCUAGAUGRCAAGAUACUGCUCGUCAUAGUUACAUUGGGAUCACGGAUAGUGCUACUUACCUCGUGAAGGAUAUAAUGAUUUGAAAGUUAAACUGUUAAAGUUCAAAGGCUUUGGGGAACCCCUGUGGACUCUAUAUUAGCGUCUUAGAUCACAAUGAGUCAUACACAGCCUUACCAGAGCCUUCUCCAACCAACCAUCMUAAAAGUCGAUAUUUAAGAGUAAGUUGUUAGAAUGAUAUGCAAUAAUUUCUUGUGCACUUUUUUUGUGUCUUUAUCAACUUCAACAAUAUUGAAACAAAUUUGCCUUCCUUCAGGAUAACUGUCGCCUCAUUCUAUUGUAAAAACGAUGUGUAAAGCACUUUAUAUGGUGAACUGGAUCUCACUUUUGUGGUUCUUUACGGAAGCAGUAGCUGCCAAUUAUUGUUCUGGAAAUCAAAUCACCUGGAUCAAUAAGAAUAACAGUUUCGUUCGGUGCUCGCCGUGCCCCCCAUGUCCCCCCGGACAAGCAUUUUCGAUACCGUGUAACACCAAAGUAUUAGAGGGAACUCCUGCUAAUUGUAAGAACUGUCCAAGGGGGAAGUACUCGAGACUUUUCGACACCAAACCCUGUAUGCAUUGCAAGAUUUGCUCUAAACGCCACYUAAAAUCGAAGUGUACUUCGUAUAGAAAUGCAGAGUGCGGGGAKUGUCUGCCCGGAUACUACAAGAGUYAUGUAGUGUUUGACUGUGUUGAYUGUGACAAGUGCUGUUAUGAUGYCAAAGAUGUUGCACCUCCAGGAUGUCAAAAGGUUGGAAAGUGUAAYCCUAGAUUACAUGGAUGUCCUUCUACAUAUAGUACUGCUAUAAUUCCAAAACCUACAACCAAACCAAAAACCGGAUGGAUGGCAAGUACUUUGCACAAGAAGAAAACAACUUCGCCAACUCCCAAUCCCACUACAAAAGCCAAAGUGCAGCCAUUAUCUAUAAGACACGUCCUCUCUACAACAUUGACAAGCAAGAUUAAAGCUCAACUCAAUGGCUCGAAAAAGGUCCAUCCAUCAGCUGGUGUUAAGUGUUCGGAUCCUAAUGACAUCAGGCUAAAGAACCGAACAACUGGAAAUAUUGAAAGAUGCAUAGUUUGUCCAGAGUGUGCUCCAUCCCAGCAAUAUUCUAUUCCUUGUGGAAGUACAGUGGAUUUGGGGAUUGUUGGGAACUGRGUUGACUGUCCACAAGGAACAUUUUCAGACAAGUUUGACAAAAAGCCAUGUCAAAGCUGUACAAUAUGUACGAACAAAGUGUAUAAACAGAAUUGUACAAAGUAUCAGAAUGCUAAAUGUGGAGAUUGUUUACCAGGUUAUAAAUAUGACCCAAUUAUAUCUGCCUGUAAUUUAAUCACUAAGAGGACAACAAUAUUAUCAAACAUGAAGGCAUUCUCAACAAAAUCUACGAGAACAUCAAUACCAACAGCAACAACAACACCAAAAACAACAGCACAAACAACCGCAACAACAGCAACAAUAACAACAGCAACACACACAACAGCUACAACAUAUAACAAAGACCUCAACAAAGACUGAGAGGUAAACACCCAAGCGAUACAGCCAACAUCUUUGGGGGGAAAGACAAGCGUGGUUAGGAAAGAGGUUAGGCAAUUAGAGUGCAAACAUUGUAUCCACGUGAAACAAAUAAUACUAUAUCUCAGUUAUAUAUUGUACUCUACUUCUAAAUUAUGCUAAUUCUAGAGUGUUUUUCUAUAACCCGACAGGCACUAUUAUAUCUUGUUGCCUAGUAAUAGUCUGUAGCAUACUUUUCGUAUUGUUAUACCUGGAAUACAAUUCAUGUUUUAUAGACGUCUCAAUCAAAUGACUUGAUUUCAUUUUUUUACGCUCGGUUCAAACAUUUKUCGCGUCAUAUCUAGUGCUGGGAUGGAGUUUAUGAUCAGUUCAUGAAUUUAUUGUUAUGAGUAAAUUUUGUUAGUUGGAUGAACCAAUUUAAUCCACAAGAAUCUAUCAAGUGACGUGAAAUACAUGAUCGACAUCAUUCAGUGAAGCGGGCCUGAAAUAAUUAAAUACGGUAUUUGAUUUAGACGUCGAAUUCUGAAUUGCCCAGUAUAAAUUCCAAUCUCGUGAUAUGGCGGAUAAAACARAUGACUUUUUCAUACCAAUUAUUACAAGAAUCAUUCCUUAACUUUGGUACAUGUGAGACGUGUAAAUCAAAUCCCGCACCAUUGCCAUAUCUUUCGUUAUAGAUUCAGUGGGUGAAGUUAUAUUUUAUCGCAUUAAAUUGAUUUUAUAUACGCCGCUCUUCACAUGCAAUUCGUGAAUUGUAUUCAGAACAUGUAAAGUUCAGCAUAUAACCUGGACCUAAAUAACAUCAAUAGAAAACUAAACUUUUAUUUAAUGUUUUGUUCAGUUUGUAUUAUUGCUGGAUUGUUCAUUACAGAAUUUUAAAGUCGUAUUUAUCAACCGUUUUUCAGUAAAAUAAAAUUUGUUAAAAUAAAA